ACCCCCAAUGAAGUCACCCCUUCACAGUCUGCUCCAUAGUAAAGCAGAAAGAAACCAAACUAACAGAAAUGUCUCGCAGACAUGAUUGGGGAUAUGCCAGUCACAAUGGGCCUGAUACAUGGGCAGAAUAUUUCCCUGCUGCAAAAGGAGAUCAACAGUCCCCUAUUGAACUCCUUACCAGAUACAUAAAACAUGACCCUACCCUGCGCCCAUGGACUUCCACCUACCACCCUUCAACAUCCCUAACGGUGGUCAAUGAUGGAACCACAUGCAGAGUGGUAUUUGAUGAUUCUACUGACAAAUCAGUUAUUAAAGAUGGUCCCAUGAAUGGAACCUACAGACUCCGACAGCUCCAGUUUCACUGGGGUUCCUCUGAUGACCAUGGAUCUGAGCAUGUUAUUGAUGGUUUCAGAUAUGCAGGAGAGAUGCACUUUAUACACUGGAAUUCAAAGUAUGACAACAUAACAGAAGCAAAGAAGCAUCCUGAUGGUGUGGCCAUAAUAGCAGUAUUUUUAAAGAUUGGGAAAGCCAAACCGCAUUUGAAGUUGGUUCUAGAAGCACUGGAUUGUAUCAAGAACAAGGGAAAGAAGGCUCAUUUUACAGACUUUGAUCCUACAAUUUUGUUUCCUUCCUCUCGGGAUUACUGGACAUACCAAGGCUCAUUUACAACUCCACCCUGCGAAGAAUGUGUUACUUGGCUGCUCCUGAGCGAACCAAUUACUGUCAGUCCCGAGCAGAUGGAAAAAUUCCGGAGUGUUUACUCAACUCUAGAAGGUGAAAUCGAGUGCCACAUGGUGGACAACUUUCGACCUCCGCAGCCUGUGAAAGGAAGAGAAAUCAGAGCUUCUUUUGAUUAACCCUUUUAUCUACAUUCAAUAAACCCCUGCCAUAAGAAGUCA